AUGGCCGUAGAUCACUUGGUCGACUCAUAUGUUCCGUAUGUGGCGAGGCCGAUCAUUGCGCACGCCUACGCUGGUCCGUUCGCUGUGCUUUAUGCGGUUUGGAUCUAUCUCUGGUUCGCUGUUUAUGGCGUGAACGAGUACUGGGAGUUGGGGUGUAUUGGUUUGGCUGCCAUUGGUCUUUUACAGGUACUUUGCAGUCAUUGCAUUUUUAAGGAGCCGAAUGCUGAGAAUGCGACUGUCGUGAAGGUCGUUCCAACACCAAACAACGGUUGGCCAGAAGUUGUUCCUCUUCAGAGAAUGAAGCUCGUAAAUGGAUCGACGAAAUUAUGGUUUGAAUUCCAAAAAGUUCACUACACAUUUGAUUUCGAGAGGAAGACAUUUGUUGCAUUGGAGUUGGACACCAAUCAACCUAUGUCAUUCUUCCAAGAGUCUAGAGGACUGGAAACAGACGAAGUGAUUAUGGAAAGGAGGCAGAUUUUAGGAGAUAAUAGGAUGGAGAUGUUCAUCCCUCAGUUCAUGGAGCUUUUCAAGGAACGAGCCACAGCACCAUUUUUUGUGUUUCAGGUCGAGUUCACUUUAUCUCCUAGUACACUUCAUCUCUCUUUUGACAGUUUACACUUCGUUAAGGUACACAUGGUUGUUACAUUUUUUUUGGUUAGCGGUUUCUGCUUACAACUUUUUCAUCAGUUUACUAGCACUCUUCAUCGGUUUCUUUUUCAUUGCAUGGUUUUUUGA